AUGGAUAGAGAGAAAUCACCAGCACAUAGUGGAGGUCUCCCACCUCCAUCUCCUGGUCCCAUCAGUCACAUCUCAGACACUAACCGUUUAAGCCACGAUAUGAGCCGUAUGCUCGAACACCCACCUAAGAAGAUAGGCCACCGUCGAGCUCACUCCGAGAUUCUAACUCUCCCUGAUGAUCUAAGCUUUGAUAGUGAUCUUGGCGUCGUUGGUGGUGGUACUAACGCUGAUGGAGCUUGUUUCUCUGAUGACACUGAAGAGGAUUUGCUCUCUAUGUAUCUCGAUAUGGAUAAGUUUAAUUCUUCUACUGCUACUUCUUCGGCGGCCCAAGUGGGUGGGGAGCCUUCAGGGACUGCUUGGAAGAAUGAAUCUGUGAUGGGUUUAGGGUCAGCUUCUAAUCCUCAGAAUAGUUUUGGGGAAAGGCCGAGAGUUAGGCACCAACAUAGUCAUUCUAUGGAUGGGUCGUUGAAUAUUAAUGAGAUGCUUAUGUCUGGAGAUGGUGAUGAUUCUGUGGUUGAUGCUAAGAAGUCCAUGUCUGCUGCUAAACUUGCUGAGCUUGCUCUCGUCGAUCCAAAACGUGCUAAGAGGAUAUGGGCAAAUAGGCAGUCCGCGGCAAGGUCAAAAGAAAGGAAGACGAGAUAUAUAUUUGAGCUUGAGAGAAAAGUUCAGACUUUACAAACAGAAGCUACAACUCUUUCAGCACAGUUGACUCUCUUACAGAGAGAUACGAAUGGCUUGACAGUUGAAAACAAUGAGCUGAAACUGAGGUUGCAAACAAUGGAGCAGCAAGUUCACUUACAGGAUGAACUAAACGAAGCACUCAAGGAGGAAAUCCAGCAUCUGAAGGUGAUGACUGGCCAAGUCGCCUCAAACGGUGCAUCGGCGAUGAACUAUGGUUCGUUCGGAUCAAACCAGCAGUUCUAUUCCAACAAUCAGUCAAUGCAGACAGUCUUAGCGGCACAACAGCUCCAGCAGCUGCAGCUUCAUUCACAGAAACAACAACAGCACCAACAACAACAACAACAACAGCAACAGCAGCAGCAGUUUCAGUUUCAACAACAACAGAUGCAACAGCUUAUGCAACAUCGUCUUAGACAGCAGGAACAACAAAAUGGAAAUGCGGAGAUGAGAAAACAGAAGCCAUUUAACGGCCAGAAUGAGAGCUGAUGAACACGAAUACAAAUGCUAUUUAAUGAGAGGGUACUGGGUUGUGAACUAUGAGAAGACUGUUCAAUACACAUUUGAAUACCCCAAAGAAAUAUAAUGAGUUGUCUGGAUUUGGUUAUUGAGACUGUGUCUCGUGUCUUAGCACACAUUCAAAUUGCUAAUUUGUUGUUAUAAAUUAUAAAAUAUAACCGUUAUUGUAUUUCUUUUCUCAGAUGCUUUUGUAUUUCUAAACAUUUAGACUGCAUGUUAUGAAUACAUAAAAGCAAAGAAUCAUACAUUUGAACA